AUGACAGGCUGCCUGCGGAGACUCUGUCGUCUGGGCCAGGCUGUCCAGCGGCUCCUGCUUUUGGCUGUGUUGAUCUUCUUCCUCUUCACCCUGCCCUCCUUUGUUAAGGAACCCAGUACAAAGCCUGCCAGGCAUCAAUAUAUACAGAACAUUAAAGAACGGUCCCCAGAGUUGCUACAAAAGUCCGCGUCCCAGGCACCCACAAUGGGAAGGAGAACCGCCGUCCGUGUGGAGUCAGUGCAAGAGAAGAGCACGUUGGACACGCACCCCAAGGCCACGGCCCACACCGCUGACAAGAGUGAGAGAGCAGAGGCCGGCAAGGCCGCAGUGGAGGAGCGGGGCAGAGUGCCCAGCACAGCAAGGACCGCGUUACUGAAGAGUCAGGAGAGGAAGGACACCGUGGUGGACACGCUGUCCCCGAGAAGUCAAGAUGAGGGGAUGGCCUCUAACAGGACAGAGACACUGAGGCUGAAGAGUCAGGACACGAGGACAACCAAAGAAAGGGGGGACCAGAUGGAGAAGGCAACAGCCACAAGGAGGGCACCAGUGAAGCCUCAGGGCAAAGUAGCAACCACAGCAAAGAUACUCGUCCCGGAAAGUCAGGCCAAGGUGCUGACCACCACAGCAGCAGGGUCAACGAGGAGAAUGAAAGGAGCAACCACAGCGCCUGUCCCACCCAAGGAGAGAACCCGGGCCACCCCGCCCUCUGCCCUUUUCCAGAGCCCCACUACACAGAGAGGCCAAAGACUGAAGGCCGUCAACUUCAAGUCUGAGCCUCGCUGGGAUUUUGAGGAAACAUAUAGCUUGGACGUGGGGGGCCUACAGACGACCUGCCCUGACUCCCUGAAGGUCAAAGCCUCCAAGUCGCUCUGGCUCCAGAAUCUCUUUCUGCCCAACCUCACCCUCUUCCUGGACUCCAGACGCUUCAACCAGAGUGAGUGGGAACGCCUGGAACACUUUGCACCGCCCUUCGGCUUCAUGGAGCUCAACCACUCCUUGGUGCAGAAGGUCGUGACACGCUUCCCUCCAGUGCUCCAGCAGCAGCUGCUCCUGGCCAGCCUUCCUCCUGGGAGCUCCCGGUGCAUCAGCUGUGCCGUGGUGGGCAACGGGGGCAUCCUGAACAACUCCCGCAUGGGCCAAGAGAUAGACAGCCAUGACCACGUGUUCCGGUUGAGCGGAGCUGUCAUUAAGGGCUACGAACAGGACGUGGGCACUCGGACAUCUUUCUACGGCUUUACUGCCUUCUCCCUGACCCAGUCACUCCUCAUAUUGGGCAAUCGGGGCUUCCAGCAUGCGCCUCUGGGGAAGGACGUCCGCUACCUGCACUUCCUGGAAGGCACCCGGGACUAUGAGUGGCUGGAAGCACUGCUCCUGAAUCAGACCCUGGUGAAAAAGAACCUUUUCUGGUUCAGGCACAGGCCCCAGGAAGCUUUUCAGGAAGACUUGCAGUUGGACAGAUACCUGUUGCUGCACCCAGACUUGAUCCGAUACAUGAAGAACAGGUUUUUGAGGUCUAAGACCCUGAACACUGCCCACUGGAGAAUAUACCGCCCCACCACUGGAGCCCUCCUGCUGCUCACUGCCCUUCAGCUCUGUGACCAGGUGAGCGCCUAUGGCUUCAUCACCGAGGGCCACGAGCGCUUCUCUGACCACUACUACGACAAGUCAUGGAAACCAACUAUCUUUUACAUCAACCAUGACUUCAAGUUGGAGAGAACAGUCUGGAAGCGGCUACAUGAUGAAGGUAUAAUCCGGCUGUACCAGCGUCCUGUAACUUCCAAGCCUAAGAUCUGACUGGAGGCCAGGCUGCAGCAGUCUCUUCGGC